AUGUCAGCCGCUGAGUCGACACCGCUUUCAAGAAAAGCGCUAGGCUGCACCGUCAGCACACAAACAGUAGCGGUGCAAUGUGGACCCUCGGUCGGCGUUCAGGUUGGUCUGGACGCCGAGCUGGAGGACAAAGAGAGGGCUGCAUGCAUUCGGGAACGAAUGCUGGCAGCAGCUACAGGUACGGCGGAAGAGGUCAUGGACCUCAUCUCCGAGGAAUGGCCCGAAGAGCUCUUCACGGCGUCGAGCUGGAGCGAUGUCGGGCUCUAUGACUCACCCGGGGACGUGGCGGUCCUUAUUACUAAGGACGCUGCCGACGCGGAGGUGGUGGCAAGGCUUAGGGAGAAAUACCCAGAUCUGCCUGGUGCCGCUGCCCCCGUUCGCGAAGGGGGAGCCGUGGGGUCUGUCGUCGCCAGGUUCGACACCGUCGAAGAGGACGGCAGACGGGAGUGUGCCGAGAGGUGGGCCCACAAGCCUAUCCCCUCAGAAAGUGACGAACCUGCGGCGGUCAGGUUUCUGAGAGUUGUCUCAAUGCUUGUCUGCCGCAUGGAGCAACAUGGGCGCAAGAACGUGGGGCUGCAUGCCCCGGCAGUUCUUGGUGCAGAGGUCGCCAGGAAGCUGGCGGAGUGUGCAGCCAUUGUGUUACCUGCGGGUUCUUCUAAUCAAAAGACCAUAAAUGUGAGGUGUAAAUUUUGCAAGAGUGUACAUGCAAAAAAUGCUACAAGAAUGAAAUCUCAUCUUCAACAAUGCACUUAUGUGCCGCAUAUGAUAAAACUUAAAUUCAAUAUUUUAACUCCAAAGUCAAAGGGGAAUCACUCUAAAUUUCCAUUUGAAACAUCCAUGAAAAAGAUCACAUCGGCAAAAUUGGAUAACGAUAACACUGAUGCUGCUUGUACAUCAUCAACGGUUUCCACAGCAUCAACAUCUGCUUCUGAUAACAUUCAUGUGGAAACACCUGUUUGCACAAAAAUCAACAGAAUACAAUCAUUUUGUGAUCGAAUGACACACGAACAAAAUAACGAAUUGAAUAUUUUGCUUGCUAGAGCUAUUUACACCAGUUCAGCACCACAUUCAAUUACCGAGAAUGAAGAUUGGAAAUUGUUUUUUAAAAAAAUUAGACCUUCAUACACCUUACCAUCGAGAUAUAUGUUAUCAAAUCGUCUCCUGACCGAAGAGUACGAGCGAGUUGAAGUUCAAGUUAAUGAUAAAAUUAAGCAAGCUGACAAUUUAUCAUUGCAAUGCGAUGGUUGGUCCAACUUGCGAAAUGAAAGUGUAAUUAAUUUCAUUGUUACAACACCCGAACCGUUAUUUGUCAAAUCAGUACUAACAAAAGCAGAGAAGCAUACCGCAGAAUAUAUAACAAAAUUAAUGGUUGAAGUUCUGGAGGAGUAUGGACCUAAAAAAUUUUUCGCUAUUGUGACUGAUAACGCAAAGAAUAUGAGGAAGGCUGUGAGACAAUGUGAAGAGAUGUAUCCCCAUCUUGUAUCAUACGGCUGUUUAGCGCACACAUUACAUUUAUUGUGCAGCGAUAUUUUGAAAUUAUCUUCAAUAGAGACACAUUUGUCACAUAUUAUACAUAUCGUUAAAACUAUUAACCAGUGUCAAGUACUGAGAGCUCAAUUCACAGAAAUAAGAAAUGAGAUGAAGUGUGGAGUGUCUCUUAGCCUACCUGUAAAAACAAGAUGGGGUUCACAUGUAAAAUGUCUUCAAGAUCUGACUAAAUGCAAGUCCGUCCUACAACGUCUAGCAAUAUCUCCAGAUAAAACAAUUCAAGAUAGAAUACGCAGCGCAAAAGCAAAUUUACUUGAUGAAGGAUUCUGGAUAAAUUCUAGCGCUCUUGUUGAAUUGCUUAAGCCAAUUACUGAAGCAAUAACACGUCUUGAAGGAGAUUCUUCGUCAAUUCAUUUGGUUUGUGAAACUUUCGCGAAAAUCGGUAGUAACAUAUCUACUCAUUUAGAAUGCGUGAAACUAACGGAUUGCGAAAAAACAGAAGCGAUGGAUAAAUUUAUAUCAAGGAAGGAAUACGCCCUUCAACCGAUCCAUUUUGCCGCAGACUUACUAAACCCUCGGUCUGUUGGUGCAAAUUUAUCAUCAGCCGAAAGGAUUGAAGCGAUGAAAUACAUUACUACUAUGUCAACCACGACCACGAUAGAGAUUGGUGAUGAAGGAGUGUCAAAGAUUACUGAGGAUUUAGGAAACUAUUUAGCUAAAACAGACUUUUUUGGCGAAACAUUUUUAUGGAACAUACUCGAUAAUGUCUCUUUGGUUACAUGGUGGAAAGGAUUUUGUGGACAUUCAUGCCUCUCCAAAGUUGCAGUCAGGAUAUUGACAAUGCCGUGCACUUCUGCGGCAACAGAGAGAAGCUUUAGCUCCCAGAGCAGCAUUCAUACGAAGAGAAGAAAUCGCCUAACAACUCAAAGGGCAGCAAAUUUAAAUUAUAUACAAUAUAAUUCAAAAUUGCUGAAACGUUCACGACAACAUCACAUACAAAGUCAAUAUCCUAUAGAAGAGACUGUACAGAACAACGUUUCGAUAGAAGGUAGAAACUUACAGAAGGAGAUAGAAGUAAUUGAAAACCAUAUUUCCGAAGAGGAAGAAUUAGACGAGACAAUAUCAUCAUGGCAUUCAAAUACAACAGGAAAUGGAAAUUCCGACGAUGAUUUUAAUUUUGCUGACUUUGCAAUGACCGAUGAUGAAAUUGAUCAAAGAAUGGAAACUAGGGAACAGAGACCAGCACGCAUUUUGAGACAAAGCAAAGUGAACAUUUUAGAAAACGUCUUAAUGAAAUCGGGUAAAGGCACAGAACAACCCCAAAAAAAAACGGAAGUCGAGAAGGAUACUUCAGAUGCCGAAAACAAGAUGUCUUUCAACACUCGUUCAAAGAGGAUUAUAUCAAUGGUAGAAAAAAUGGAAGAACCGUCAAAUUUUAAUUCCGAAGACGUCAACUGCAUUGCUGCUAGUUCGACCGGCAGCAAUCUUAUUAUAUCAGGAGUAGUAUUAGCUAGUAAUGACCUGGAAAACAAUAGUCAAACUCAUUUUACAGAAAAUCUAGCUAUUGUUGACAAUAUUGACAUUGAGGUAAUAGAUGUUCCAUACGUAGAACACAACGAGAAGACUGAUGGAGAAAUUCAGGUAUAUCUUAUAAGUGAAAAUGAAAAUACAAUGAGUAAUUCAAGCCACCGCGGCAAAUUGGUACCCUAUUCUGACUCCAGUUCCAGUUCCGAUUCUGAAAGUUUACCUCAGAAAAUGGCGGAAGUUGAAGCAAAUUUUAAAACUUUUAAACAACUUCUGGAGGACGCAUGGAGAUUUGAAAUUUCUACCUUAGCAGCAGCUGAUCUAAAUUCUAAAAAAUGGAAUAAAAUUACUAUUUUGCCAUUAGCAGCUGAUUUAAAAACCUUUAGAGAACAUCUUUUACGAACAGCAUCGGAAAGUCUUAAAUCUCACGAAAAAGAUGAAAUUGAUGUAAGCGCCUACAAAUUAAUAAUGAAAACUAUAUACUGUCGACUACUUCUUCUAAACCGUAAACGGGUUGAAACAUGUAGCCGCAAGUGGCUUAAAAAUCCAGAAGCAAUUACUUCAACUAAGCUUCGUAAACAUUUGGCAACAAUGACCCAAGUAUUUAAUAUGUCUUCCAACGAUAUAGAACAAUUGGCAUCUUUUAUGGGUCAUACGGGUGAUGUUCACAAACAAGUUUAUCGGUUACCUGACGAUAUCUAUCAAACUGCCAAAAUUUCUAAGUUGCUUCUAUUGAUGGAAAAAGGAGAAGCUGCAGAAUUUAAAGGUAAAGCGUUGGAUGACAUUAAAAUUAAUUUGGAUGAGGAAAUAGUUCCCGAACUUGACGAUUGGGACAACGAAAAUGGGGUAGAAGAUGAAUUGGUACAAACCGCACCAGUGUUAGAACCAUCUACUAUCACAGACAACAAAUAA